UCUCUCUCUCUCACACACACACACACACAGAUUCAGUUCCCACUCUGUUCAGUUUCAGUGCUCGCAGCUCCUGCUCUUCUUCUCCUCUGAGCUUGAAGCUCUCCUUCACCAAGGCACAGGUAUUUGCAUAAGUUAUUAUCGGCUAUAAAGGAGCGACAGGAGCGUUCACUCAGCUCGGCUAUGGAUGAAGGAGACAGGGUGAGAGCAUAAUUCGGUUUGAGAGGCCAUCGUAAAUUAUUCUCAGAGUCUGCGAUCGAUCCUGCAGCGGAGGAGAAAUCAUUUUUGCCCUGCUGCUUACACUGUAGUGUUCUGGAAACUACGUGAAGAGGCGGAUCACCUCCAGAAACUAGUGCCAUGGAGCCCAGCAGCCUGCUUUUCCUCUAGAGGACCAGCUCGCUGUGAGACGUCAGUAACCGGCCCGACAGACAGGUGCAUCACCCCCGAGGAUCUGUCCUGUGGAUUUGCGCGUUAUCUCUGAGUCGCAGGUCAGAAGGAGAAGAGGAAGCUAACCUAGUGAGGGACAAACCUCAAGCCAUGGCCGUCUAGCACCAGAUUUCUGUCCCUGAGUCACCAGAGAGACCUCGACGAAGCCAGUACCUGAUUAUAGAGAGCUUUGGUUUCUGUCAGACCAACAGUGGAAACUCUGGCAAAACCAAUGUGUAAAACGAACACACUACAGCAUAUAAAGCUCGACCCAACAGAGAAGAUCUUAACAACUGCUCUGGAGGACUGACGAUCCUGAACCAUGCAUCUCACCCCCCAAACCCUCUGUUUCCUUUUCCCUUUACUUUUUCUUAUCUCUUUCUCUGUCCCCUCAAAAGCUGUCUCAAAUGACCUACUCUCCUCCAGUGCCAACUGUUCCCAAGGUGCUGUCUGCUCUGAGGGUGUGAUCUUACCAGUAUGGAACCCUCAGAAUCCCUCAGUGGGUGAUAAGGUGGCUCGCUCCAUCGUCUACUUUGUGGCCCUGGUGUAUAUGUUCCUAGGGAUGUCGAUCAUUGCAGAUCGCUUUAUGUCUUCCAUUGAGGUAAUCACCUCCCAAGAAAAGGAGAUCACCAUCAAGCGGCCCAAUGGCGAGACCUGCACAGCUACAGUGCGCAUCUGGAAUGAGACCGUCUCCAACUUAACCCUUAUGGCUCUUGGAUCUUCAGCUCCUGAGAUUCUGCUUUCAGUCAUUGAGGUGUGUGGGCACCAUUUUGAGGCUGGAGAUCUUGGCCCAAGCACCAUCGUGGGAAGUGCUGCUUUCAACAUGUUUGUCAUCAUUGGCCUCUGUGUCUAUGUGGUGCCUGAUGGUGAGACAAGGAAGGUCAAGCACCUGCGAGUCUUCUUUGUGACAGCGGCAUGGAGUAUCUUUGCCUAUGUUUGGCUCUAUGUCAUCCUCUGUCUCUCAUCCCCUGGUGAGGUGGAGGUCUGGGAGGCUGUGCUCACCUUCUUCUUCUUCCCCGUGUGCGUGGUGCAGGCGUGGGUCGCCGACCGCCGCCUCUUCUUUUACAAGUACAAUCGCAAGCACUACCGUGCCGACAAGAGCCAUGGCAUUGUGGUGGAGACAGAAGGAGGGGAUGAAGGAGUGAAAGAGACAACCUUCAACAAGAUGGACAUGUUGGAGUUGGACGGCAUGGCAGCCCACCUGGAUGGAAUGCUGGGAGGAGAGGAUGGACUAGUUGGACGUGAUCAUGAGGAUGAGGCCAGGAGAGACAUGGCCAGGACACUGAAGGAGCUCAAGCAGAGACACCCAGAUAAAGACAUGGAGCAGCUUAUAGAGAUGGCCAACUAUCAGGUGCUGAUGCAGCAGCAGAAGAGCCGAGCAUUUUACCGUAUCCAGGCCACACGGAUGAUGACCGGAGCAGGGAACAUUCUGAAGAAGCAUGCAGCCGAUCAGGCCCGGAAGGUGGUGAGCAGUGGAGAGACAAGGGAGCAGGAGGACGACCCUUACACCACACUCCUGGAGUUUGAGCCUGCAGUCUACCAGUGCUUUGAAAACUGUGGCCUGCUGAAACUCACAGUGGCGAGGCAUGGGGGAGAUGCAGGGUGCACUGUAAAGGUUGACUUUCGUACAGAAGAUGGCACUGCCAAUGCCGGCUCUGAUUAUGAAUUUGCUGAAGGCACUCUGGUCUUCAAGCCUGGAGAGACCCUUAAAGAAGUGACUGUGGGCAUAAUUGAUGAUGACAUCUUCGAAGAGGACGAGUACUUCUACGUGCACCUGAGCAACCCACGCAUUGUGGACGGGACCGACGGUCACCUGGCGGAUGGGGGCACUCCGGCUCUGAAGGCGGCUCUGGGAGAGGCUCACAUGGCCACGGUGACCAUCUACGACGAUGACCAUGCUGGAAUCUUCACAUUUGAGAGCGAGUCGGCAAGGGUCAGCGAGAGUGUGGGCAUCAUGCAGGUGAAGGUCCAGAGGACGUCUGGCGCCCGGGGUCUUGUCGCUGUCCCCUACCGCACCAUCGAUGGUACAGCCCGUGGCGGAGAAGACUAUGAGGAAGCUUCUGGAAAACUGGAGUUCAAAAAUGACGAAACCAUGAAGAUUAUUGAAGUGAAGAUCAUUGAUGAUGAGGAGUAUGAGAAAAACAAAAUCUUCACGAUUGAAUUGGGCGAGCCUGUUCUCCUGGAGAUUGGACAGAAACAUGGGGACUCCAAUGAGAAAAAGCCUGCAGUAGGAGCAGAGGAAGAAGAGGUAGCUAAGAUGGGAUGUCCCAGUCUAGGAGACCACAGCAGGCUGGAAGUGGUGAUUGAGGAAUCGUAUGAGUUUAAGAGCACAGUAGACAAGCUCAUUAAAAAGACCAAUCUGGCUCUGGUAGUUGGAAGCAGCAGCUGGAGGGAGCAGUUUGUCAGCGCGGUUACUGUGAGCGCAGGUGACGAUGAUGAGGAAGAGAGUGGCGAAGAGCGCCUUCCUUCCUGCUUCGACUACAUCAUGCACUUCCUUACAGUCUUCUGGAAAGUUCUGUUUGCCUUUGUGCCACCCACUGAGUACUGGAACGGCUGGGCAUGUUUCAUCGUAUCGAUCUCUUUGAUUGGCAUGUUAACAGCAGUGACGGGUGAUCUGGCCUCUCACUUCGGCUGCACCAUCGGCCUGAAGGACUCCGUUACCGCCGUGGUGUUUGUAGCACUGGGCACAUCAGUACCAGACACCUUUGCCAGUAAGGUAGCUGCCAUUCAGGACCAGUAUGCUGACGCUUCCAUUGGGAAUGUGACGGGCAGCAACGCGGUGAACGUGUUCCUGGGCAUCGGUGUGGCGUGGACCAUCGCUGCUGUGUACUGGCGCAGCAAGGGCAAAGCCUUCUACGUGGACCCAGGCUCUCUGGCGUUCUCUGUCACACUCUUCACUGCACUAUGUGUGGUGAGUGUGAGCGUGCUGCUGUAUCGCCGCCGCCCCUCGGUGGCUGGAGGAGAGCUGGGUGGUCCACGGACUUGCAAACUGGUGACGUCGUUAUUUUUCAUUGGUCUUUGGCUUAUUUACAUUUUGCUGGCCUCACUGGAAGCUUACUGCCACAUUCCUGGAUUCUGAGACAGAAAUAAAGCAUGUGAAGAGAAUUUAACAUCUCACACUAGAUAAGCAGCUUCAUUAACCUUUUAGUAUUUAAAUGGACUGUGAGUGUCAUGUUCCACAAUUCCC